AUGGCAGACGCGAAAACUGUUCAAAACCGGAACCCUACAUUUCUACCUUUCCUCUCUCUCUCUCUCUCUCUCUCUCUCUCUCUCUCUCUCUCUUGCACACACUAUGUCUCUCUUUCCCAUCGUUUUUUCUCUUCUACUCUUCCUCACUUUCUUCCCUAUCCUUCUUACUUACUCGCCCUUUCUUUCUUUCUUUCUUUCUUUCUUUCUUUCUUUCUUUCCACCCAUCGAUCUUUUCUUUUUCUUUAUGUUUGUCUUUCUUUCAUUUAUUUUCGUUCUAUUCAAAUCAUCUUUUAUCCCCGUCCUUUUAAUGAAAUUCUUUCUUUCUUUCUUUUUCUUUGUCUUUCUUUCAUUUAUUUUCGUUCUAUUAAAAUCAUCUUUUAUCCCGGUCCUUUUAAUGAAAUUCUUUCUUUCUUUUUCUUUGUCUUUCUUUCAUUUAUUUUCGUUCUAUUCAAAUCAUCUUUUAUCCCCGUCCUUUUAAUGAAAUUCUUUCUUUCUUUCUUUCUUUUUCUUUGUUUUUCUUUCAUUUAUUUUCGUUCCAUUCAAAUCAUCUUUUAUCCCCGUCCUUUUAAUGAAAUUCAUUCAUUCUUUCUUUCUUUCUUUCUUUCUUUCUUUCUUUCUUUCUUUUCUUUGUCUUUCUUUCAUUUAUUUUCUCCCUGUCUCUCUCACACGCUCGGUUUCUCUCUUUCUCUCCCACUUUUUCUCCUUUCCUGGCUUCUUCUUUACAUUCCCUUACUUUACUCUCUCUCUCUCUCUCUCUCUCUCUCUCUCUCUCUCUCUCUCUCUCUACCUCACUCACUCUCUUUUUCUCGUUCAAUUUUUUCCUUUACUAAUUUAACGUUCUGCGCCCCUCUCUCUUCUUCAUUCCCUUUUCAUCUUUUACUCUCUCUCUCUCUCUCUCUCUCUUCCUUUCUGUCACUCUUUCUUCUCUCUUUUUCUUCUUCUACUCUCCUUCAAUGUUCUCUCUAUUUCUUUCACUCUCUCUUUCUCUCUCUUCUACUCUCCUUUAUUUCUCUCUCCCAUAACACUCCCUCACUUUCUGUUCUUUUUCUCUCCCCCCCCUUACUCUCCCUCUCAUCCAUCUUUCGUCUUUUACUCUCCCUUUCUCUUUCUCUCUUUCUUCUUUUUCUCUCUCUUUUUUCUCUCUUUCUUUUUUUCUCUCUCUCUCUCUCCUUCUUCCUCUCUCUCCCUCAAUAUAUAUUUAAUCUGUUAAUAUCUAUCUAUAAUUCUUUUGUCUCCGUUUUUUAUAUCUAUUUAUGGAUCCCUGACCCGAAGAAAUUGUCUUCUUUUACUCCAUCUCUGAAUGCGAUACGAACAAAUUUUAAUGCGAGGAAAACUGCUUCUGGCAGCGGGGGUCCUCUGGAGUGGAUUCCCCUACCACUGUUGAUGCCUUCCCCAUUGAUCUCCGUCAGCAACUCUCAGAAUUCGUCUGCUGGACAUCGUCUCUGUUGCUUCAAGCCUCCUCUUAAUUAA